GUUGUCGUUAGAAAUCGACAAAACCAGGCUGCACCGUCGCCGCGUCACGGGGCGAAUUGCCCGCUUGCGUGGCAGGAACGGUCCAGUAGGGCGUGGAACGCUGGAACAAUGACUAAUCAAACAUUGCCUUUGUUGUAUCCGUAGCACAGCAGCCUGCUCGAAUCAGCGCAUAAUUGAGGUUUCCCGAUAUCGAACAAAUCAUUUCAUCGUCACCGUUAAGUCAGGAAUAGCUUGUGAAUGUGGAACACAAACCACCAACGUGUUCGCUCGCUUGUCCUUCAAUGUUGGCAUGAUCGACCUCUGGACUCCCUUACGUUUUUAUAUCUUUUGGGCCAAGCCCAGAGUCGGCGCCCGCUGCUCUCCACAACCCGAUGCCGAAAACCCGGAAUCCCCGGAGCCCGGCACUCUACCCCUUGCCAUUGCCUAGCACGCCGCAAGCGAGGAAUUUGGUCCGGAUGGCUGCCGUUUCAGAAUGAACAAGCUUUCCUCCUGCGCCUCCCAGCGGUUGGUCGAUCGAAAAGACGACUUGCGUCCCCACAGAUCACAUCCCAAUCAUCCCAUCGCCAACCAAACGGUGCACAACAGCAGUUCGGCUUGCUGCGUUUGUCUUUCGCUGCACGAAUCAGGGGUCUACCGCCCCGGAAUGGGAGAUUGAGAUGUCCAAGGACAGCCCUGGAACGCUCCACCGUCGGUGUUUCGAAUCACUGGCGAUCGCUUGCAUGCCUCAUUGUUUCCAAUUGCCAAGAAGAGCCUUUGACGGCUCUCCCGCGCCGGGCUGGUCUUCCCGAGCGCGGCUUGGGAUUUGAUAGCAUCAUGGAUGUUUCCCGUGCCAAGCGCUUCCUGACGGCUGUUCAGUGGUUGUACCCGUCUGGUGUAGAUUGACUUUGUGUAAGUUGUGAUGCGAUGAACGGCCCUAACCGAUCGGCGGGGAGGCAACAUUCUUUCCCCUGACUCAGUGUGGCUCCCAUGAAAUCAGAUAUGAUCGCAUGAACUGUGGGAGGCCGCACCCUGUUGGUACUUUUUUGCUCUUUCAUUCCGGUCUUGCAAAACUGCUUUUU